AUGGCAUUCAUCCACUGCGGCUCGGAAGAGUGUGUGAAGUCGGAGCUCGAUCUGUUCCAAAUAGCCCCGACACAAACUUGCAUCGAGAAAAGUCUGUAUAUCGAAGUCCCACCCCUAUUGGCCCUUACAGGAUCUGCGCCUCUAGAGUUCUACAUAGCUGGUAAUGGGGAAGAUGACAUCGAUUUAAACAAUACACUGCUCUACAUGAAAUGCAAAAUUACUCGAGAAGAUGGCACAGACCUCCCUGCUGACACUAGAGUGGCGCUGGUGAACUACAUGGUAGCAUCCAUAUUCAGUCAGCUGGAUGUGACCGUCGGAGAUUGGCUGAUCAGCCAGAGCAAUAAUUGCUACCCCUAUAGGGCAAUGAUUGAAACUCUGCUCAAUUACAGCGGGGAAACCCUAGCCACACAAUUUUCAGCGGGUGGUUUUUAUAAGGAUACAGCUGGCCAGCAUGAAUCCACCAUCCUGACAAUCCCCGUCAACAAGGGGUUUGCCAAGAGACCAGAACUUACGGCCAAGAGCAGGGUGAUAGACCUUUUAGGGCAUCUCCACGUGGACCUAUUUUUUCAAGAAAAACUGCUACUAAACGGAGUUGAUGUGAAAAUCAAACUAACCCGCAUCAGGGACACCUUCUGCUUGAUGAGCGGCGCGGAAGACGGGACACGUUUUAAGCUCCAGAUGAAUUCAGCCUCUCUCUUUGUGAAAAAAGUAAGGGUGUCCCUGGGUGUCCGACUGGCCUAUGCUGAAGCACUGAUGACCUCCACAGUAAAAUACCCUCUGGACCAUGUCAGCAUGAAAGUGUUCAGUAUUUCAGCAGGGGCCCGUGUAAGCAACCAAGACAACUUGUUUUUGGGAAUGCUUCUCAAAAUGGUGGUCAUGGCUCUGGUGGACAAUGAUGCUUUCAGCGGCGGCUUCACCAAAAACCCUUUCCAUUUUAAAGAUUACAACAUUAACUUUGUAGCCCUAUAUGUGGACGGGGAGCAGAUCCCCUCCAAACCCUUCCAGCUUGACUUUGCAGCGGGGAACAACGAAUGUGCAGACCAUUACUCCCUGAUCAAAACGGGGAACCUGAGAGCUGAAAUACACUUUGCAGACGCACUCCCCCAAACGGUGAAUUUGAUCAUGUACGGGGUGUUUGACAAUGUCAUCGAGAUAAACCAAAACCUCAACGUGCUCUUUGACUAUACGUAA